CAUUACCAAAUCUAAAUCAGGAUGAAAGCACGUGUUAGAGAAGCAGGAGGGUCAGCGAAGAACUCUUAUCUCAGUUCCCAAAUCAAAUUCACCUUUUGUCUCUCUGGUGUCGUAUAACAGCAGAAGUAUCUCCUGAAAUGGAUUCAGAACGCAAAGUUCUUGCCUUUGAAGAAGUAACAAAGCACAAAGAAAGGGAUAAUAUCUGGCUUUUGAUUUCAGGAAAGGUGUAUGAUGUUACUCAAUUCAUGGAGGAACAUCCGGGAGGAGAUGAAGUGUUGCUAGCUGCUACUGGAAGAGAUGCAACGGAUGAUUUUGAAGAUGUGGGACACAGUGAUGAUGCAAAAGAGCUUAUGCAAAAGUAUUACAUUGCUGAGAUUGAUCCCUCCACCAUCCCUCUCAAGAAGUCAUCCCAACUACGACCUCCUCCUCCAGUGCCUCACCAGGCUGAGGACAGUGGUUUUUUGGUUAAGAUCUUGCAGUUUUUCGUGCCUCUCUUAAUACUGGGUUUGGCAUUUGCUGUACAAUUCCUUGGCAAAAGAGAAAAUAAAGAAAAUUAGUUCACUCUUUUAAUUAAAGUUUCAAUAUUGGGUGCACCCUCCUUACUUGGACAAUACAAACUUGGUAGCACUUGCUGUAACAUUUACAAUUAUAUAUUUUCUUUGAGUAUCUGUUUUCUUUUUGGCCUAAGAGGAUCUGUUAUUGUCGGAUGUUAUAAUAAUUAUGUUAAAUUAUUGUUAUAAAGUCUUGCUAGCUCUCAAGUUUAGAUGAGUAUUCCAGUUGCAUAUUAUUUUCGGUUAAAUUAUUAUUGUAUCCUUCUUUGUUUGAGAAGAAAUUAAUGUAUUCUCC